AUGGAGCGCUCCUGGCUGCGGUAUGUCCGCCUGCUCGCCAUGUACCUCGUCGACCUGGUGGGCAUCUCCCCAACCUCCUAUCGCCUCUGUUCUCUCCACACCACGCGAACACUCUCCUCCUCCCGCCCCAAAGCUCCACGCCCUCCCUCGCCGCGCAUGGCGCUGAACUGCUUGCCUGCCGAGAUCCUUCUGUGCAUCAGUGACCACCUCCAACCAAGAGAUAUAAAUGCCCUGGUCCAGACCUCGACGCCCUUCGCCGCGCUGUUCUCUCGUGAACUAUACGACUUCGUCGUCGGCAUCCGCACGAGCGACGACGAACCCCAACGCGCGUCGCUCUUCAACCGAAAUGCCCUGUCCUACGCUGGUCGAUGGCAGUCGCCAUAUGUUCUUGAUUAUUUCAGGGUAAAACGCGCUGACGUGCUUCUGCGGGAGGAUGCCCAUGGAUUUCUCCUGUUCAACGAGGUCGUACGCUGCGGCAACCUUGAACUGACCAAGAUUCUGCUGGAACGAGGCGCGGAUAUCCACCGGUACCAGACCAAUGACACAAACGGCCUGACCCUCGCUGCCUUGGGCGGCUAUCCAGACAUCGUUCGUUUCCUCUUAGACCAGGGCGCCGACAUCCAAGGCACCGAACCGUCCAAAAAGACCCUAUUGCACACUCUCUAUCAGCACGGCCGCCGCAACCCUGAAGUGUCCCAGAUAGUGGUCGAUCAGCUCAAGCGUCGCAACGAGAUAUCGAAACAGAAUAUACGCCUAGACACACCACUCCACUAUGCUGCGAGAUACAACAGAGUGUAUGCUGUGUCUCAGCUGCUUGAAGCCGGCGCCGACUUGACGAAACUUAAUACAGAUGGCCUGUCUGUUCUAGAUGUUGCUUUUAGAUCAAAAAACGAUGAAAUUAUUGGCCUCCUUCUCCAGGCGUCCCCUGGCCCCUGGCCCUCCCGGUACAUUGAGAAGGCCCUGUGGAAGGCUUGCGAACAACUUGACCUAGACAUGGUGAAUCGCAUUGUUGCCAUGUCGAAGUCUAAACAUAUAACGAUAAACUUUUCUCACGUUGAAAACAACCGAUCGGCAUCCACUCCAUUGCACGCCGCUGCUCGUGGCCCUCAGGAUGGGACACGCUUCGCCAGACGAGUGUUCCACCGGAAAGAAGUGGAUACACUCAGGAACUGGGAAGCGAUUAUGAACAUUUUGCUAGACGUUGGUGUCAAUAUCUUCGCCAGAGACCGUAUGGGGCGCACACCGCUCUUAUAUGCCAUCGAGGGCGGACAGCCUGAGAAAAUGCAGUUUCUCCUUACGAAGCUCGGCUCGACGUUGCCAAUCCCCGAUCGAAUGGGACGCAGCUCACUUCACGCUGCCGUUCACGCCAGCGAAGGAGAACUAAUAGCUCGGCAUCUCAUCCGUCAUGGCGUCGACAUCAACGCCCAAGACUCCCUGGGCCAAACAGCCCUCCACUAUGCCGCGGCCUCUCCCACUGCAGUAUCCGUUUUGGAAUUCUUGCUCGCUGCCGGUGCAGAUACUUCUAUCGUCGACAAAGCAAGCUAUCCCGCGAUUCAUUUCGCCGCAGUACAGAAACGAGACGGGUCGUUAAAGGCCUUUGUCGACGCCCGCGUUGACGUCCACCAGAACUGCGAACUCUGCCACCUAAAAACAAUGCAGUGGAAGACCGACGAUGGCAAGUGGAAGCAGGAUCCGCCAGAUCUCAAUGACCUGUUCAAUGGAAACUUGGUGUGCGUGAGAAACUAA